CUUUUCCACGAAACAUCCAAACCUCGAACCUCGAAAACAAUCCAUCCCCGCCCAGGCAAUUGGCUCUCCGACCGCGCACUGCUCAUCCUAAAACACAACCAUGGCCACCAACCGGGAAGCUAUCUUCACCCAUGCUGUCCUCAUCGAUAAGACGCCGAUGCCCGACCACAUCCCCAAGGUGGAGGAGGUCGGCGCUUCCUCUGCUCCACUGACUUCCGCGGCGUUCUUUAUCGGCGACAAGUGCAGGCCCUACAACGAGGACUACAUGCUCUGCAAGGCCGAGGCACAGGGACGGGGAGAGCUGGACUGCUUGAAGGAGGGGAGACGGGUUACGCGCUGUGCGGCUUCGGUCAUUGCCGAUAUCAACAAGCACUGCCUUUCCGAGUUCAGAACGCAUUGGCAGUGUCUCCAGAACAACAACAUGGAGCUGUGGCACUGUAGGAAUCAGGAGAAACCGUUCAAUGCUUGCGUUUUCGAGAAGCUGAAACUCUCCAAGGUCAUUCCCGACACACCCAAGGGGGAGACACCGAUACACCUCCGCUCCAGCACCUUCAAAUAGACCCUUAGAUGUAGUCAUGGUUUGGCGGGAAAGGACGAGGAGCUUCAACCGUUAACCGUCAUAUACCGGGCGAAAGGCUGCUGUCGGGGACGGGAUUGCUGUACCAUACAGGCUUCAGCAAUAAAUGGGGCGGUCCAUCUGUACACAUUACAUUGCGCAAAUUCUAGUAUUCUGUCUAUGUUGAGUUUUUACCGAAAAGUAGAGCUGUGAGGUAUCUAGAGCUUGGGG